GAGAGAGAGACAGAGAGACAGACAGAGAGACAGACAGACAGACAGAGAGAGAGACAGAGAGACAGACAGAUGUGACGUAGGGCCGUGUGGAUGACGUCGCCGCUCUGUGCCUCGGGGUGUGUUUGUUUGUGAGGAAGAGGCUGUUGGAUGUUGGGCGGGGUCUGAGGAGACAGAGAGAGAGAAGGAGAGAAAAGAGGAAAAGCUCCGGAUCCGGCUGCUGCUGCAUUGACAAAAGGAGGAGAAGAGGAAGAACAGAGCGACAGACAGAGCGACAGACAGAGAGACAGACAGGCGGGAGGAUGGGCAGGCGGAUCCGUCGGUAGCGCUCUGUUUUCGGGUUGCAGCUCCAGGAUGAGCGUAGCGCUGCAGGACCUCCGGAACACCAUGUCCAGCUAUAAGCGAGCUACGUUGGAGGAGGACGAAGUGUCGGACGCUCCAGCCGAGGCCUCAUCCCCUGACAGAGUAGAGGUGGGCUUCAGGAAGGGGGGUGUGGACAUCCUGGGCAGGAGAACUCAGCUGGAGGUUCUUCUGUCGGUUCUGCUGUUGGCUGCUCUGUUGGCUCUCCUGGUCUGUCUGCUGGUCCUGGGCCUGGGCCUGAGCUCCGACAGUGGGCGUGGCCUGUGCCUGUCAGAGGUGUGCGUCACCGUGGCCAGUCAGAUCGUGGAAGCGAUGGACCGCAGUGCCGACCCGUGCCACGACUUCUACCAGUUCGCCUGCGGAGGCUGGAUGAGGAAGAACCCGCUGCCGGACGGACGGUCGCGCUGGUCCACCUUUAACAGCAUCUGGGAGCAGAACCAGGCGCUGCUCAAACAUCUGCUGGAGAACGGGACGUUUAACGGCAGCAGCGAGGCGGAGAGAAAGACUCAGUCCUACUACUUGUCCUGUCUCAACACACAGAGGAUCGAAGAGCUGGGAGCUCAGCCGCUCAUAGACCUCAUUGCCAAGAUCGGCGGCUGGAACAUGACCGGUCCCUGGGAGAAAGAGAACUUCAUGGAGGUGCUGAAGGUGGUUUCUGGUCCGUACAGAGCUCAGCCUUUCUUCAGUGUCGGAGUCAGCGCCGACCCAAAAAACUCCAACAGCAACGUCAUCCAAGUCGACCAAUCGGGGCUCUUCCUGCCCUCCAGGGACUAUUAUCUCAACAAGACAGCCAACGAAAAGGUGCUGGUGGCCUACCUGGAGUACAUGGUGGAGCUUGGGAUGCUGCUGGGGGGUGAGAGGAGCUCCACGCAGAUUCAGAUGCAGCAGAUUCUGGACUUUGAGACGGCGCUCGCCAACAUCACCGUGCCACAGGACCAGAAACGCGACGAUGAGAAGAUGUACCACAAGGUCACCAUCGCGGAACUACAGCUCCUGGCCCCGGCGGUGGACUGGCUCGACUACCUGCUGUCCUCGCUGUCUCCUCUGGAGCCGAACGACACCGAGCCCGUCGUCCUGUACACCAGAGAAUACGUGCAGCAGGUGUCGGACCUCAUCAACAAGACCGACCGCAGUGUGUUGAAUAACUACAUGAUGUGGACUCUGGUUCAGAAGAGCGUGGUCAGUCUGGACCAACGCUUCGAGAACGCUCAGGACAAACUGCUGGAGAGUCUCUACGGAACCAAGAAGCAGUCCUGCACCCCGCGCUGGCAGACCUGCAUCGGGAACACUGACGACACUCUGGGCUUCGCUCUGGGAGCUCUCUUUGUGAAGGCAACGUUCGACAAACACAGCAAAGACAUUGCUGAGGAGAUGAUCAACGAGAUCCGCUCGGCAUUUAAAGAAGCUCUGGACCGACUCAGCUGGAUGGACGACCAGACCAGACAGGCUGCAAAAGACAAGGCAGAUGCGAUUUACGAUAUGAUCGGAUUCCCCGAAUUCAUCCUGGACCCCAAAGAGCUGGACGACGUUUACGACGGGUAUGAAGUGUCCGACGACAGCUUCUUCCAGAACAUGUUGAACUUUUACAACUUCUCGGCGCGAGUGAUGGCCGACCAGCUGAGGAAAACUCCCAACAAAGACCAGUGGAGCAUGACUCCUCCCACAGUUAACGCCUACUACAUGUCCACUAAGAAUGGCAUCGUCUUCCCCGCUGGGAUUCUACAGGCUCCUUUCUACGCCCACGACCACCCAAAGGCGCUGAACUUUGGUGGGAUCGGGGUGGUGAUGGGUCACGAGCUCACUCACGCCUUCGAUGAUCAGGGUCGCGAGUACAACAAAGAAGGGAACCUGAGGCCAUGGUGGCAGAACUCGUCGGUGGAGGCGUUUCGUCAGAGGACGGAGUGCAUGGUGGAUCAGUACAACCGCUACACCGUCAACGGAGAACACGUCAACGGGAAACAGACGCUGGGAGAAAACAUCGCCGACAACGGAGGGCUGAAGGCUGCGUACCAUGCCUAUCGAUCGUGGGUCCAGAGGAACGGCGAGGACAAGAGACUUCCUGCUGUCAACCUGACCAACGACCAGCUCUUCUUCGUGGGAUUCGCGCAAGUGUGGUGCUCCGUGCGGACACCAGAGAGCGCUCACGAGGGCCUGGUGACCGACACCCACAGCCCCCCCAGGUACAGAGUCAUCGGGACGCUCGCCAACUCCCCGGACUUCAGCCAACACUUCAACUGUCCCACGGGGACGUCCAUGAACCCCGGGCGGCGCUGCGAGGUCUGGUAGACGGACCGGAGGGGGCGGGGUUAUUGAUCAGCAGGUUAUCGAUCAGGUGAUCAGGUGAUCGUACAGAGACUCCGUGGACUUCACACAGACACAUGAAGGACCGGUGAUGAAGAUGAAGCCAUGUUGUUGAUCAUGAUUAUUAUUAUUAUUAAUGGGCUUUGGUUUGUGUGUGUGUGUGCUGUCUGUUGUACGAAAGGUCUCUGUAAUACUGUCCCUCUGAUGACAUCACUGUGAUGACCUCUAGACAAACCGUUACAUCAUGAGACGUCAGCCGAUUUUAAAAGAAACAGAAAAGACGGAGAUGACACCCCGCCCACACACACGCUCUGGGCCAAUCACGAGUCAGUGUCAGCUGUCAAUCUUGACGUCUCAUCCCAUCGAUGGCGGGGCGGGGCUUAGGACCUAUACUGCAGCCAGAAACAGGAAAAUUGGAGUCAUUAGCGAGCGUCUGCGUCUGAACCAUGUCAGUUACUCACAGAAUCGUCUUCUGACAUUUCAUCGGCAGAUUCAAAACAUAAAAUAGAUUUUUAAGAGAAGAAAUACAAACGCCCCACGUUUCAGGGGUCAAAAGGUCAAAGUUUCUGUACGAAUGUCAAGUCGUCUCGUGUUCUAGUAUUGUCAUGGUAACCAGCUGUUAGUGUUAGUGCCCACAACAGUGAAGAACAAGAAAAGGCCUUAAAAUUAUUAUUAUUAUUAUUAUUAUUAUUAUUAUUAUUAUAUGAAGUACAUUUGGAAAGUUGCCUUAAAACUUUUAAGAAAAACGCCUUAAAAAAAAUAAAAAUCAGCUGCUGGUGUGACCUCAGUUCAGUCUCAGGGUGAGCGACCUCUGACCCGACAGGCGUGGUGCAUUCAGGGACUCAAAUGAGCGUGGGGGCGUUCAGGGAGGGUUGAUUUAGUGAGAUGGUGAAAUAUAAAUUAUUCAUAUGUUUGUGACUAAAAGUUUUUAAAAAAGGCAUUUAUUUUUAAUCUCUUUUAUCUGAAGUCUGAUUAUAAAAUUCAUUACCCAUAAUCUUCUAGUGUUACUGUUGUGGAGCUCUCGGCCCGUUCACAUGGACUUCAUCAACUGAAACACAAACUGAUUAUUCACUGAACACACUGUGUGUGUGUGUGUGUGUGUGUGUGUGUGUGUGUGUGUGUGUGUGUGUGUGUGUGUGUG